GUCGCUUUUAAAAACCCCAACAAAAUCCACCACUCCUCCUUCACAAUGGCCAACGACAAGUCUUCUUCCGAGCUCGAGUACCUCAAGGGCCUCCUCACCCAGCUCCAGACCAAGAUCUCGGAGCUCGAGAAGGGUGCCAACGCCGCCGUCAACGACGCCGUCAACUCGAUCGUUGGCCAGAAGGAGUCGCCCAAGCUCAUCCUCAUUGGCCCCCCUGGUGCCGGCAAGGGCACUCAGGCUCCCGCCAUCUCGGAGAAGUACUGCGUCUGCCACCUCGCGACCGGUGACAUGCUCCGCUCGCAGGUCCAGCGCCAGACUGAGCUCGGCAAGGCUGCCAAGAAGAUCAUGGACGCCGGUGGCCUCGUCUCGGACGACAUCAUGGUCAACAUGAUCAAGUCUGAGCUCGAGAACAACAAGGAGUGCGCCAACGGCUUCAUCCUCGACGGCUUCCCCCGUACCGUUCCUCAGGCUGAGAAGCUCGACGGCAUGCUCACUGCCAAGGGCAAGAAGAUUGACCACGCCAUUGAGCUCAAGAUCCCCGACGCGCUCCUCAUCUCGCGUAUCACUGGCCGUCUCAUCCACCCCGCCUCGGGCCGCUCGUACCACCGCGAGUUCAACCCCCCCAAGAAGGCCAUGACCGACGACAUCACCGGCGAGCCCCUUAUCCAGCGUUCCGACGACAACGCCGAGACGCUCCAGAAGCGUCUCAAGACGUACCACCAGCAGACUGGCCCCGUCGUCGACUACUACCGCAAGACGGGUGUCUGGUCCCCCGUCGACGCUGCCCAGUCGCCCAAGCUCGUCUGGGGCUCGAUCUCGGCCAUCCUCGAGGGCAAGAAGUAAGCUUGCUCGCGAGUAGUGUGCUCCGCAGCGACAAUGCAUUCCGGCAGAGCCGGUCUCUCUCGCCCCUGCUUGGUCCCAUCUUGUCUCCCCGACACCCCAUUACCUACCCUACCAUACCAAAACCAGAUGAGCCAGUGAGGGCGAUAUAGCAGAAACUGCAUGCAUCAUGCAUAGGAACCUAGCGUCCCGA